UCCCCCCUCAGGAGUGACGCCAUGCCUCUGAGGUAACCGCAGCGGCCAUGGCGAGGGCGAGAUGGGGGCGCCUAGAGCCGGAGCCGCCGUCGUUGUGGUUGCUCCCCGCCGGGCCCGGGGCCUGGAGGGCGAAGGGAAGGCUGCUGUGAACGGAGAGGAGGAGGAAGGGGAGCGCCCCGCCACCAUGGCCGCCCUCUGGUGCCUCCUCGUGAAUCUCUUCUUGUCUGGGAAAAUUGAAAGUGCCGUCCCUUCAUUAGCUGCUUGCAGCGGGAAACUAGAGCAGCACACGGAGCGCCGCGGGGUGAUUUACAGCCCUUCUUGGCCCCUGAACUACCCUCCAGCCACCAACUGCAGCUGGUACAUCCAAGGCGAUCGCGGAGAUGUGAUAACUAUUAGUUUUAAGAACUUUGACUUGGAGGAUUCUCCCAAAUGCUCAGCCGACUGGCUGAUGAUCGGCCCGUCUUCCAAGCGGGAGGAAUACCGGGUCUGCGGCUCUUUCAUCCCACCUUCCUUCAUCUCUGCAAGGGAUCACAUCUGGAUAUUUUUCCACUCAGAUUCGUCGAGUUCAGGGCAGGCACAGGGAUUUCGCCUUUCUUACAUUCGAGGAAAAGUCGGCCAGCCCAAUUGCCAGUCUGAUGAGUAUCAUUGCCAGAAUGGCAAAUGCAUCCCAAGCACAUGGAAAUGCAAUUACAUGGACGAAUGUGGCGACAAUUCGGACGAGAAGAACUGCACUGUUCCCCCAACAGAGCCACAGUCCAGCAUCUGUCCUUCUGGAACUUUCCAGUGUAGCGGAGCCCAUUCCACCAAAUGCUUAUUGAACGAAUUGAAAUGUAAUGCAGUUAAAGACUGCAGCGAUGGCUCUGAUGAAGAAAACUGCCCCGAUCUUUCCUGUGGGAAACGGCUUGGGAACUUCUAUGGGUCUUUCGCUUCCCCAGAUUUGUUUCGCUCAGAUCACAACCGGGCGGAUCUGCGCUGCACAUGGUUCGUGGACACGCAAGACAAUCGUCACGUUCUCCUGCAGCUUGACUUGCAGCUCGGGUACAACGAUUACAUCAAGGUGUAUGACGGUUUAGGGGAGAAAGGGGAUAAACUUAUGCAAACUCUUUCAUAUCACAAUAACAGGCACUCGGUCAGCCUGGAGUCCUCCAAGGGCCAGCUGACGAUAGCAUAUCACGCCCGGUCAAAGAGCACCGGUCAUGGUUUCAAUGCAACUUACCAGGUAAAAGGCUAUUGCCUUCCUUGGGAGCAUCCCUGUGGCAACGAUGAGGAAUGCUACACAGACAAGCAGCGCUGUGACGGCUGGUGGCACUGCCCCAACGGCAAAGACGAAGACGAUUGCCCCGCCUGCCAGAAGAACGAAUACCCCUGCGAAGGAAACAGCGGGCUGUGCUAUGCUUUACUCGACCGUUGCAAUAAUCAAAAGAACUGUCCUGAUGGCUCAGAUGAGAAGAAUUGCUUCACGUGCCAACCUGGCAACUUCCAUUGUGGCACCAACCUGUGCAUUUUUGAAACGUGGCGCUGUGAUGGACAGGAAGAUUGCCAGGAUGGAAGUGACGAGCACAACUGCCUGGUGAUUGUGCCAAGGAAGGUCAUCACGGCGGCACUCAUUGGGAGCCUGGUCUGUGGGUUGCUGCUAGUCAUCGCCUUGGGAUGUGCCUUCAAGCUGUACUCACUGAGAACUAGGGAAUACAGGGCGUUUGAGACCCAGAUGACCCGCCUCGAGGCAGAGUUCGUCAGGCGUGAAGCUCCUCCUUCCUAUGGGCAGCUGAUUGCACAAGGGCUCAUCCCGCCAGUAGAAGACUUUCCUGUUUACAAUGCCUCACAAGCUUCUGUUCUGCAGAACAUCCGGACAGCAAUGAGGAGGCAGAUGCGGCGUCACUCUUCUCGGCGCAGCAGUGCUUCCCGCCGGCGCCUGGGCAGGUUGUGGAGCAGAUUCUUCCACAGGCCACGGGCGAGAGGCCAAAUCCCGCUUUUAAAUCCCACUCACACUUCGCAGACGGUGCUGGGAGACGGCAUCAUCAAUCGCACAGGUGGGGCAGCUGCCCAGAGCCCCUCUUCGCCUUCUCCUGAAGGACCUCAUAUCGAAACAGAGACCUGCAGCCCUCACAGAGGGGUCCCAGAAUCCGAAAACAGCCGUUUGCCUUCGCAACCUGAAAUCACAGGUCCAUCGUCCCCUUUGGGCAUUUUGCCAAACCCUUGCACGGCCGCCCUGUCGGAGCCAGGCGACGGAUACAGUGACAAGCCUUUGGGCUCCGAGGACGCUUCCGUUGAUGAAGUUGGAGAAACCAGCAAGGUUGACUCAGGAAGAACAUUUAGAGACCCUUUAUUGGAAAGGGUGACAGAAAUGCACCAGCAUGUUGGGUCAACAUCAGGCAGAACUGUUGCCGAGAGCAGGAAUCCCAGCAGGAAUUGUUUGCGGAGCGAAGAGCCACGUCGGCUUCCUUUUAAGACGUGGGAGUCCAUGUACUCUGACAGCCCAGUGAAUGUCCCCAUUCAGGCGGAUGGGCAGCACACAUAUCACAGUGAACCUCCAGGCCUUCACUCUGCUUGCAGCCAUUCCAUGGAAGUGCCAAUGCUAGAAUCCCCUGUUCAGGAAAUCAGCCCCAGUGACGACGAAUCUUUGCUGGUUUGCUAAUGGAAUGGUGCUGGGUUCCGUCACAGGCCUUGUUAACCUUUUGCAUUGUAUUGCGAUAGUACAUCAUCCAUAACCACCUCCUUGUUGUCUCUGUUAUCACGCUACCUUGAUCACCAGGGGAGCAGCAUAUAGUCAAAAUUAAAUAGGAGAAAUUUGGUCUCUGCAGCUGAGCCAAAGCAUUGAAAUAAGCAUUUUUUUUCUUCCUUUCCAAAAAAGCAUUUGCUUGUAAAAUGCAGGGUGGUUUGCAAAGGAAUUGUUUGGAAUCUCUUGCCAUCUGUAAAUCUCCCUUUGGUCAUCUCUAGUAGGUGGCUAGCGUCAAUCAAAUCCCCAGGGCCCUUCAAUUGUGUCUUGAGUUUUCGUGACACAAACUGUUGUGCUCCAGCUAGAGCCCACUUUCAGGCCAUGGAUUGGCAGAUAUACCUGCACAAGGAUAGACAAAAAUUUGGUUCCAUUGAGCAAGACAAAGCCCCACUUGACAUUAUUAGACUGCAAUUCCCACCAUCCAUUGGUCACAGUGUCAGGCUGAUGGAAGUUGGAAUACAGCAAUACCCAAUGAACCAUGUCUUCCUCAUCCCCAGGAUAGAGAAUAACAGUGAUAGUAGAAUUUCUUUUUGCCUGUAUGUAUCUACCAUUGUUCCUCCAGAUAUAGUUGCCUAUGCCAGGUGACCUCUCCGGCACAUUGACUUUACUUUAUAUAAAUGGUUACCAGGAAGGAAAGUGGCCCAACAUAGGAAUGCAGAGGAAGUCUUCAUAGCUAUUACAUCUGUUUAGUACAAUGGGGAGCUGAAAUGAUAUUCCCCAAACAACAUCCCUCACUUAUAUAUCUGAUCUGUGGAGGUGCGCAUGCACAGCCCCCAAGUAAGGAUGCAUUCUCUUAAAUCUUGUUUCUUGUGUUUGUGAGAUCGCUUUUGGAGAUCAAAAGUUAGCUUUCGGCUUCCUGUUCAUAUAUAAGCUGGAGAGGAAUCAGCUGCAGGCAAAACAGGUGCCCGACAUAUCAUAAUCACUGUGACUUCUCAACUGGAGAUAUCCAAUUAUUGGCAGUUUCAAAUACUUGUUUAAGUUAAAACUAUGUUUACGCUGCCUAGAGUAAUUCAUUUAAUAGGAAAGUGAGCUUGUGAAGCAUCACUUCCUCUGAUCUUGUCUUUACCUCCAUUUUUUAAAAAAGUUUCCAUUAAUUUGCUAGCUCCUUUCAUAAUGCUGACUGUAGAGAUAAAAUCAAGUAACGACAUCCAGAAAAAAAUAACUGUUGUCUGGUUACUGUGACACCUGAGAUUUUGUUACAGAGGUUUUACUUUGGCCAGUGCUGUAUAGUUUUACAAGGGUGUUUGUUGUAGGGCUGCUGUUAUGCGCAGCAUCCUUUCUGACCCGUUGCCCACACGCACAAGAAGUUACCAGUGUUGGUGAAAGCAGAGAAAUGCUUGCAUGCUUCAAAAUUGCCGUCGCUCCGUGAGGAAUUGGCCAGUGCUUUAUAUUAAAGAUGCCAAUUGUCAAGCUGACAGUCUAUGGUUUUUGUAUUAGUUAAUUACUGGAGGUCUUUAGGGUUUCUCAGAAAGUUUUUCUGUGGAAAACAAAGAUCAUAAGUGGUGCAGAAACAUGCCUGAAAGUCAGUGGCUUGCUGCAUGCAUCACAUCAUGGGAAGCAAUGCUUGCUUGCUAUGUAAAAACCAGCCUGCAUGAGCUUUGGAGUGGCAGGGCCCUCCUAUGUACUAGAUGAGUAGAAAACCAAUGGCUGCUUCUCAUUUCAAACAAACUGCUCCUCCCUGUGACAUCUAGACUUGGAACACUGGUUUCCUUAAAGUAAAGCCAGUGAACAAACCAUGAUAUCAAACCAAUUUAAUAUCUUCUAACUAAAAUGUAUGCAAACCAGUCCCCAAUAGCUACAUGUUGGCAUGAAAGCAGAGGUGCCGCACAAGCCAGAGGUUUGCCACAGUGUUUUCAUUUGAGAUCUGGAAUGGUUGCUGUAUUAACUAACUAUAACUAUGCUUUCUUGUUUUCAAUUUGCAACAUGGUCCACAAGGGCUUUGAAUUCUGCCCAGAUUUUUAUUCUGUGUGUGACUUAAUCCUGUCUCCUCAGACUUGCCACUGAAUGAUUUCUGUGAUGCAGAUUGUGCAAGAGCUUAGUGGUGUUGAAAGCCAUUGGAAUGAGCUAAAAUUGCUGAAACAACAGUGUCUUACAAGAAUAACUGGCAUUUCCCCCCAUUUUGUCCCCCCCCCCCCCCGCCCCUUCCCUCCCCAGUAAUAGUGGCUUCUCUGUUGACAUUCAUUAUUUUGAAGGUUAGCGUUGUGGAGUCUCUAAGUACUAUAUGCAGAUGGGUGCCUUUAGCUUUUUAAAUCUCAUCACAUACAGACAUUACUGUAACUGUCAUUGCUAGAACACGACAGUACCGCAGUACUACAAUGCAACCUGUUUUGCAGUCUUUGUGUUGUUCUAACAAACCUUGGCACUUGCUGAAGCCGGUUCUUAGAGAGAUGUAGUUAUCUCCUGAUUGAAUCCCAGGCUCUUCUGGUAAGGCGAUGUCAGAAGUCAUGUAGUUUGAGCAGACCAUGAUUUAUUUCCACCUGCUAUGGCAGGUGUUGCACGCAAAGAAGGUUUCAACUGAUGUGAACCAUUGCUUGGUCUGUUCUGAAUAACAGUGGAUUGCCAAGGGUUCAGACAAGCCUUUCCAGUCCCACUGCCGGUUACUUUUGUGUGGGGAACCCGGCAAUUCCCAUCCAUCCUAGCCAUAUGUACCUCCUUCCCUGUCAUGCCACAAUGUAGUUGCUCCCCAGCUUCUGCAUGCACGCACGCACCUUUCCCGCCAAAGUUUGGAUUUACUUUUGUAAGGAUUUCUUUGUGGCGCUGUAAGCCAAAACAUGCUGGUCUUUUUUGGCUCUAGCCUUUUGCCUUUGAAGCCAUGCCACACUAGACUGUAGCCACUGAGAACUUAGGUGAAUGCGAACCCAAGGCCCGGGCUGAACGAGGCCCUGCUUCUUUUAGGUAAAGAUGGGUGGAAUCUUCAUAGGACCACCUUCAACAUGUGCAGCUCUGUCCUUCUGGCAUUUGGCUUUGUAAUGUGCGUCUUGUGCCACGCCAAUAACCUCUUAGCCUAACGUGUGCAUCCUGACCGUUAAUUCUGUUGUCAUUUUUGCUCCGCUUCUGAAUUUUUUCCUUUAGGACCUUCACUGCUUGUUUUCAAUGGCUGUGAUGUGCUACGCUGUUUUGGCAGCUGUUUUGCAAAGUGCUGACUGCUUUCAGUGGUGUAAGCAAAUUCCUUUUCAGCAUAUUGUCACUUAAGAGGGGAAACGUUGUUAGAGUAAUAAUAAUGGAAUGAUCAGGUGCGCAGAGUGGUCCAGAGUGCCUGAAAACGCCUUGGUCUCUUUAACUUGGAUUUCCUAACCGAAAGUUAAAUGAGAAUUGGAAUAAUUUCCAUGGUUUGGAUGCAAUGAAAUGGUUGGGUGAAUUAAGCAGGGAUGGUAUAUAUUGAAGUGUGCUGUAUCAGCAGAAUACUUUUUAUUGUAAAAUUCAGAGAUGUAGUUUUGUUUUUUUAAAAUUCCCUGCAAUUAGCCAUGAAGUUUAAUAUGUGUCAACAAUCUUUCUGUUAAAGUUCAAAACAAAGAUUAAUAAAACUAAACUACGGCUGUU